UUCCUGUAUAUACAUAUUUAUCAAACACACCAAAGUUAUUCUCUGAGUCAGUUGAUCAGCAGUAACCUGGUGUGAGGUUGCCAAGGCAAGCAAAAGACUGCCAAAAUGCAUUUCGUCGCUGUUGCGCUUCUUCUUAUCUGGCAAGCUAAUGCACAAGAAUUUCCAGUCGACAAAUGUUUCGACAAAGAUGUUGUUUCCAUUCCAAAAAGUCAUAUUUAUCACAAAAAAUGCAAGCCUAUAGUGUUUGGCCAUCGUGGAAAUCCGAAAAAAUUUCAAGAAAACACAUUGGAUGGAUUUAAGAGUGUGCUGGAAGAUGGCGCGGAUGGAUUCGAGGUUGACGUCUUCCUCUCCAAAGACAAGAAAGUUGUUUGCUUUCAUGAUGAUAAUGUUAAGAGACUUACUGGGGUUAACCGAAAUAUUCAAGAUAUGAACGCUGCUGAAAUCCAACAGCUGCGGUACAAAACAACAAUUGCAUAUGGCGCUCGGACCUACACUUACGACAAGCCAAGAAAAAUUCCUUUCCUACAAGAAGUCUUGGCAUGGGCAAGAAAUACAGACUUGCUGGUUUUCAUUGAAUUGAAGCCGGAGACAUUGAUUCACACUUCACCAGAAGAUUUGCAGAGAGCAAAAGAACUUGCUGGACAUGUUGCAUAUCUUGUCAAUCACUUCCAAAUGGAGAAUCACAUUUUUAUUAAUUCUUACGACAUCACCAAAUCACUGGUAGUGAAAAAUAUUGAUAAUAGAUUGGUCAUUGGAAACUCGUAUACUCCGGUAUACUGGCAUCAACCACCGCAAGUAUACGCCGCAUUGAAAGCUAGUUUGCAGCAACUGCCCGGCUUGCAGACCUGUUUAGCAGAUAUUCCUGCCACCGACAACCGGUUCGUUGACUUCUUCUACAAGUCCGGAACUGUGGAGAAAGCAAUAAAUGCAACAUUUGUGAGCAUUGAUCAAAUGAUGUUCAACGAUCCAACAUAUGGUGGGAUUGAUAAAACAGUUAAAACGAUCAAAAAGAAUUAUGGAAAGAAUGUGGUUAUUGGUGCAUACACAAUUUACAAUAUGCACCUAAGCGAGGCUCAGAUUGAGGCAGUCGAGGGCCGGUACAAGAUGCUUUUGCGACAAGGCAUUAACACCUUAAACACUGAUGACAUCGUGAGGUUGAGAUGUCUUGGAUACAGAACAGGUGGACGUCAUAGGCGCUGCCUCAACAGACGAUGUCGCUCAUACCCCCAUAGUCAUCACCCACAGUGCAACUUCAAUAGCUGCUUUGCCGAGGAGGACGCUGAAUAUGCGUCAAUUUAACACUACUUUGAUACAUGUCUUUUACCCAAUACAAUUUAAGUAUCACUGCGAAAACUGCACUGCAUAUGCACAUUUCCUUCACAUUAUACACCGCUUAAAAUAUGUUAAAUGAUGUUAAAAUAUAUGAACACUUAAUAAAUUGUCUCAACACUUUCGUCUCUUUACUUGAUUUGCUUGAAUUUGAAUCUUAUUAGCAUUCUUUAUGUUA